GCUGCUACUUGUGUACCUCAGCCUUCUGGAAUCGCCUAUUCAUCAGUCCCAGAUUCUGCAGCUGGAUUCGUCGCCGACACAUACUACAACAGUCAAGCCGUGUUGGCAUCUGUCCCAACCGGCUGGGUCCAAUCGUUCGCCGGAAUCAAUGCUUCAAACUCUGCUGACAAGUACAUGGGAUUCUCUCUAUUGACAUCCUACGAUCCCAAAGCAUGUAUGGACAAAUGCACUGCUGUAUCGGGCUGCAACUCGGUCAACAUUUACUUCGAAAGAGAUCCGAGCACUUCUGUUGACGCCUCAUGCUCGAACCCACCCAGUGUCGUCAAUGUGAAGUGCGUGCUGUGGGGAGGUGUAGUGGCUACAGCAAACGCCAACAAUUUCGGCCCAUUGCGUGGCGAUUUCCAAGUUCUGAUUGCUGGGAGUGCUGGAUACAUGAAGUCAGCCUUU